GAGAUAGAAGCAGUUGGGUCAAAGUACGAAAUUCCUCGUGGUAAGCGUCCUUUCCUUAGCCACAAAACAAGGAGGCGUGUUAAAAUUAGAUAAAAUAUAUCAAGUAUUACGACAAUCUAUAAUCCGAUAUCUUUUCAAUGGAAAUACGUCUGCCACCAACAAUAUUUUGGCCACCAGAGCUUAUCUGACGUAUUUAUCAGUUUUAAGGAUGAUUUGAUAGUGGACAAUAAUUACUUUAUUCAUUUGACAGUGGCACGUUGGUACUGGAAAUGGCAAGCGUCGAGAAGCUUGAAGAUGGACCACAGACACCAGGGAAACCUGGUAAGGGGGUGGAUCUGGACCAGAUCCUCGAGGAGGAGUUGGGGCAGAUGGGCCGGUACCAGAUCGUGACGUUGCUCCUCGCUGCGUUACCCAUCAUGUUCUCUGCCUUCGCUUCAGGGGAGUACAUCUUCACUACUGCUAGGAUACCUACCAGAUGCGUAAUCCCAGAAUGCGACGGGACCACCCCAGAAUUCUCACCAAUCUGGAAACCGAACGCGAUCCCUCGGACAGAAAGCGGCUUCGACAACUGCAACCGUUACAGCAACAGUUCAGAGAACCAUGGUGGGAACACGUGCCCCGCUUGGCUCUUUGAUAGGAGUCGUACCGAGGCCUGCGAGGAGUUUGUCUAUGAGCACACUAAUAGUGUUGUUUACGAUUUCGACAUGGCCUGCGACGAAUGGCGUCGCUCCCAGAUCGGCUCAAUCCGAACCAUCGGGACCCUCCUAGUACUGCCUAUCACUGGCUACAUCUCCGACCGAUGGGGCCGCCGUGUGGCACUCACUAUUAACGCCUUUAACACGGGCUGGAUCGGACUUGUGCGGUCCUUUGUGAACAGCUACGAGUGGUUCCUGACGCUUGAGGUGCUUGAGUCCACAUUUGGUGCUGGAUGUUACUCGUCUUGUUAUAUUUUGGUGACGGAACUAGUCGGGCCGAAAUACAGAGUGGUCGCCGGCGCCACCAUCUCCACCCUCUUCGCGCUCGGCCAAGUAGCGCUCGGCUUCAUCGCCUGGGGCAUCCGGCCCUGGCGCACCCUCACGCAGGUCCUCUACGCACCACAGCUACUCGUGGUCUGUUAUUUCUGGAUUCUUUCCGAAUCCGUCCGCUGGCUCAUGAGCAAAGGACGCUAUGAGGAAUCUGAACAAAUCCUUAAGAAAGUUGCGAAAAUGAACAGAAAAGAGCUAUCGCAGAAGUCUUUAGAAGCGCUUAAAGCUUCUGGUGAAGCUGAGAAGAAUACAAUCAAGCCUAAAGAGCCAUGGCUGCCGAUUUUAGUCAUCAAAUCAAAGACGAUUCUCUCAAGAUGCCUGGUGUCUCCUGUCUGGUGGAUCACGAAUACGCUAGUGUACUACGGGAUGAACAUUAAUGCUGUAAACCUAGUUGGAAACAGUUACCUGAACUAUGUGGCGGUGGCCGCGGUGGAGAUUCCGGGAUACUGGACUGCGAUCCUGCUGCUGGACCGGAUCGGUCGCAAGCCGGUGCUGAUUUGUGGGUACUGGUUGUGCGCGGCUUGCCAGUUCAUAUUCGCUUUCAUGCCGGAGGGUUACGACGGCCUUUCCAUGGCCGUGUACCUCAUCGGCAAGUACUGCAUCGCCAUCGUAAUGACCUCAGUAUACGUGUACACGGCUGAGCUGUACCCCACCAAGUACCGACACAACCUGUUUGCAUUCUCGUCCAUGAUUGGACGGCUGGGCUCCAUCACCGCGCCGCUGACGCCGUCUUUGGCUACGGAGGUUUGGGCACCCUUCCCCUCAGUCUUGUUUGGCAGCGCGGCGCUCCUCUCCGGUGCGCUCAUCUUCACCACGCCGGAGACGCUCGGCACCAAGCUGCCUGACACCAUCGAGGACGCUGAACAGCUCAAGAAUAACAGAAAAUAAUCAAUAACUUUAGGACUUAAUAUCUAGUGACACUGUGAGCUGCAUAACUUAAAAGUGAAAGGGUAAAAGUGUAAGGCUCGGCCAUUUUGAAAAAGACCUAAAAACUUAAUUGACAAAAAAAAAACUAUCUAAUCAUCGAACUUGCUCACAAAAGUUCACGAGAAUCGAUUGAGAAUUGCGACCUGUAGAGGAGAAUAUCGGUUGGACAUACGAAAGCAUUUUUGAGUGCAAGAUGACACUUCAAACUUGUCCUAGGUUAGGUUUUUAUUUUAUUUUAUUUUUACAGGCUACUUAACUUGCCCUUUUAUCAUUAUGUAUGUACCUAUAUGUAUGUUUGUGUGGGUCAAAUCUUUGAAGCUAAAUUUGACCCACGUCCCGGUUUCCGAUUGAGCUGAAAUCGUUAAAGAGUUAGAUUUUCAAACAAUAAUAAUAAUAAUAAUUCAGCCUAUAUACGUCCCACUGCUGGGCACAGGCCUCCUCUCAUGUGCGAGAGGGCUCGGGCUAUAGUCCCCACGCUAGCCCAAUGCGGAUUGGGGACUUCACAUACACCUUUGAAUUUCUUCUCAGAUGUAUGCAGGUUUCCUCACGAUGUUUUCCUUCACCGAAAAGCUAGUGGUAAAUAUCAAAUGAUAUUUCGUACAUAAG